UUUUAAUGAUAAUGCUUAAUUUUAAAUUAAAUUUAAUAACAAGUCAUCUAAGAGAACACCUCGAGUGUUAACUGUGAUUGCUGUUGAGUGUGUAACUGCUUAAGACUUAGAAACUAACAAUAUGCAACUCCUAAAUGCUUUUUAAUAUGCCUUAACCUGCCUUAAAAAUCCAGCUGCUACCAGUUACAGAAAGUUUGACACCAUUUCCUGUGUUUGUAAAUACUGUUUGACCUCUGCUUUCCCUGGCAAACUUUGUAGCAACAUUCUGGUCAAUUCCCAAACUUGUUUCUUGUCAAUUCUCAAACAUCCCAUUUGCUGCAGUGUCGUGUUUAGUUCAGCUGCUCUGUGAAAUAGGUAAAUAAAGCAACUGUCGCAUAAUGCGUUUGACCUGGUUUGCUUAAAGUAAAGCAAGCAAAGGAAAUGAGUUGAAGUGAUGCAACAGCAGUUGUGUAUAUCUUUGAGUAAUAGAUUUGCAUGCUUCUCACACAGGGGUUUAUGCUGAAGUGGGCAGGUAUCUCUGUUCAGCACAGGAGAAAGUGGAGCCAUAGAUUUUCCUGAAGAUGUCAGGGUGUCAAGGCACUUAACCAUUAUUUCAUAAUUAAAUGUAACCUCACCUCAUCUUAUUUUAGCCAACUUCACUUAAGCAGUGGCUAACACAUGCUGGGAGAGCUGUCAGUUACUUGCUGAGAGUUCUAAUUGUGGACCAUAACAGUAGAUGUUCUUUCCCAAUAUUCAUCACAAAAUUCUUGUCAAUAAUGAUUUUUGUUCAGAGUUAGUUCACACGAGUUGUCUAUUCACGUCUGACUGUAGAACUUUAUUUAGUUUUAAAUCUACUCAAAUUUAUAAGCAAUAGUAUAAAGAGAAACUGUUUUUUGGGGGGGAAAUGUCAUCCCUUGGUCUUUUUAUGAGCCUUCAUGCUGUGAAGGAGAAAUAUGGCUUUUCAUAAAAUAAGACGGGGUGGAACUCCUUACUGCAAUGCUAUAAACAGUGUUAUAACAUGUUGUAACUUCUUCCUUCUAGUACAAAAUGGUUCGUUACAUCAGAAGGAUACAGUUCACGACAACGAUUUUGAACCUUACCUUUCUGGGCAGUCAAAUCAGAACAGUAGCUAUCCAUCAAUGACUGAUCCUUAUCUGUCCAGUUAUUAUCCACCAUCUAUUGGGUUCCCCUAUUCUCUCAGUGAGGCACCAUGGUCUACAGGAGGAGAUCCUCCUAUCCCAUAUCUCACCACCUAUGGACAGCUGAGUAAUGGAGACCAUCAUUUUAUGCACGAUGCUGUUUUUGGACAGCCUGGGGGUCUGGGAAAUAAUAUCUAUCAACACCGGUUUAACUUUUUCCCUGAAAAUCCUGCCUUCUCAGCUUGGGGAACAAGCGGAUCCCAAGGACAGCAGACUCAAAGUUCAGCCUAUGGGAGCAGUUACAGCUACCCACCUAGUUCACUGGGUGGUACCAUUGUGGAUGGACAAACAGGAUUUCAUAAUGACACAUUAAAUAAAGCUCCUGGAAUGAACAGUAUUGAACAGGGAAUGGUUGGACUUAAGAUUGGUGGAGACGUUACAACUUCAGCGGUGAAAACAGUAGGUUCUGUUGUCAACAGUGCCGGGAUGACUGGUGCCCUCUCUGGUAACGGUGGAUCUAAUGUAAACUUGCCAGUAUCUAAACCAACCUCUUGGGCUGCUAUUGCCAGCAAGCCUGCAAAACCGCAGCCUAAAAUGAAAACAAAAACUGGACCUGUAAUCGGAGGAGCGUUGCCUCCUCCACCUAUAAAGCAUAAUAUGGACAUAGGUACUUGGGACAAUAAGGGUCCUGUGGCAAAAGUUCCUGCCCCCCAACAGAUACCUUCACCUCAGUCUGUUCCACAGCCACAGCAACCAAUUGUUCAGCCUGUUCCAACUCAACCUCCUCCAUUGACUCAGCCACAGUAUCAGACCCCUCAGCAGCCACCCCAGAAUCGCUGGGUAGCUCCUCGCAACAGGAAUGCAGCUUUUGGCCAAAGUGGAGGAACUGGUAACGACAGCAGCUCAGCUGGGAGCACCCAGCCUAACCCCGUUCCAAGUGGCGAGUCCCAUCCUGUGCUUGAAAAACUGAAAGCUGCUCACAGCUAUAACCCUAAAGAUUUUGAAUGGAACCUUAAAAAUGGACGUGUGUUCAUAAUAAAGAGCUAUUCCGAGGAUGAUAUUCAUCGUUCCAUUAAGUAUUCUAUUUGGUGUAGUACAGAACAUGGCAACAAACGCCUGGACAGUGCUUUUCGGUCCAUGAAUAGCAAGGGUCCAGUCUACUUGCUAUUCAGUGUCAAUGGCAGUGGACACUUCUGUGGAGUAGCAGAGAUGAAAUCACCUGUGGACUAUGGCACCAGUGCGGGUGUCUGGUCUCAGGACAAGUGGAAGGGGAAAUUUGAUGUCAAGUGGAUCUUUGUGAAGGAUGUGCCCAACAACCAGCUCCGACACAUCAGGCUGGAGAACAAUGACAACAAACCCGUUACAAACUCCCGUGAUACACAGGAGGUGCCCUUAGAAAAAGCAAAACAAGUGCUUAAAAUUAUUGCUACUUACAAGCACACGACCUCCAUCUUUGAUGACUUUUCUCAUUAUGAAAAGCGCCAGGAAGAGGAGGAGGUGGUGCGGAAGGUAAACUUAUUAAAAAAUUUCUUUUAUACACAGAUAUGGGGCAAAUGAAAUGUGAAGGCUGCUAUGGUGGAGAAAAUGUAAGUAGGAAUUCAAACUGCUUUUAAUACAUCUCAACUUGAUGGCUUUAUGUGUGUUUAACACCACAAGAAACAAACUGAUGCUUACUUGUCCGUGACAGUUUCAUAGCUGUUAGUUUCCAAGCAGUAACACAGAUAAGGGACAUUAUAGCCGGGUUUUUGGAGUUGGAUUUAUUUUUUUCAUCUUAAAAUGGUUAAUAAACUAGAAAACAGUUUCUGCUUCACAAUUGGAUUCUGCCAAUGAUUGCCACUUAGUUUUUUGCCUUAAUUAUGAAGUGUUUCCUCGCUGUUUGACUGGAACUGGGCUAUCAGAAUUGAUGCCUGCAUUGGUAUUUGAAGUUUGCGUCGGUGAUUUGGUGAUUUACAUCACCUUUAACAGCAAGAAGCCUGAGCUUGUUUGUUCAGUUGAUCUCUCUGGAAAAGAAAGAGUUGCACAGAAUUGCAGUAGUGCUAGAAAGGUUGUGUUUCUGCAUCUGAAGUCAUGUGUAUUAUUAUUUGGGUAAAUAAAGGUUUUCAGUUCCCAGGUCCAGUCUGUCCACUAAUUCUUGAAAAGAAGUUUAGACUGAAGACGCAGCAAGAGAAAUUUGGGCAGUAACUGGGAAACUAUAGUAAAAACUUUAUAUAUACUUUAUAUAUACUCUCAUGGCUCUUAAGUCUGCCAUCUGCCCCUAUCCAUCCCAUGACCUCAGUUUCAAGAAUGCGUUUCUCUAAUUAAGCAGUCUGGAAGUAAUGGAGUGACAAAAUAAUAGGUGUUGGGAUGUGUAGCUACUAGCUAAGUAACACUUCGAGUUGCUUUAUUUGACAGGCUAAUUUAGUGCGGUUCACAUUGCUUAAGCAAAGACUUAAUGCAUGUUGCUGGAGCUGAAAUUGAAGUUGCCAUUUGGAAGGGUUUAUUGCCAUUUAGAAGUGCAGAUAAAAUUGCUUUAAAGUGUCGUUGUAGAACAUACCCUUAAAUUAUGAGAGACAAGGAGAUCAGUGUCUUAGGUACUUUGUAGCUCAGCUUCUCCCAUGGUGUAAGAUGUGCUGUGCAUUGAGUACUCAGCAGGGCAGGAGAGCUUCAGAUUUGCAGUUUUUCUUGUGUACUCCCUGUGGGCUUCCACAGCUAAAACCUAAAAGCUUUUCCUUCAACACUGCAUUCCUUCAGUAGACAAUAUUUAGUGCAAGCUGUAUCUGAGAGGGGUGUUCCCUUUGGUAGGUGAGAAUCUCAAGCCAAAAGCCUGGGUUCCUUUGUCAGUGGUUACAGUGUGUGUGGGGUGAUUGUUUUGGGGUUUUUAAUGCUGAGUCUCCCUGUGAUUUGCUGCCAGGUUUGGAGGGGAGAAUAAUGUGUGUGUUUAAGGAGUGAGAGUACUGAGAAAGUGGCAAUGGAUCUUGAACAGUUAACCCCAAACUGCCUUUGCUUUGUAGUAGCUCAGGGCUGAUGUUCAGCUAUUAGGCUGAUCCUGUUUUGGGUUGUUCCAACAUAUGCAGUGAUUUCCCACUUUCAGUUCAAGUGCUGACACAAUGCUCUUACCCAGCUCACUGCUUUUCUCACAGGAGCAGCUUUUCAAAAUGCAUUUUUUCUGCCUUGUUUAAAACUGAGGCUCUACCUUGUGUGACUCAUUCAGAAAAUCAACUGUGAAUAAUGUAACAUUUCUUAGAUUCUUCCCAACAGCUUAGAAAAUAGAACAAUAUACAGGUGAUUGAAGUACACUGAGGAAGGUGGUAGUGCCAGAGAGGUAAAGCAGCUCAACACUGGGGGAAGGUAAAAUAAGAUGCUGCUUGUCAGGUUGCAGUCUAUAAAACUAUUAUCUGGAGAGAUAACACUUUCUGCUUCAUCAACUAAAUGAAUUUUAGAGUCCAGCUGAUGACUAGAAGAGGUUUUCUACAGGAUAUGUACAUGCUCUUGUUGAGAAGUUUGUGCUAUGAAGUUGAAACCUUCCUGUUAUGCAAAGCACAUCUGCCUAUGAAAAUAACUUUGAGGUAUUUUAUGACCUAAGUGACAUUUUCAGAUGGUUGACUCUAUCGGUGCCAUCUGAACUGGGCUUUAAGUUGCUGUGGUCUUUUAUUCAUUAUACUCUGGUUAGCUGUAAAGUUACUUGUUGAAAUUUUGUUCCCCCAUUUCACCGCUGUUGUGAUUUACAGAGGGCCAGAAUUCUUCAAAACCUGCCCAUGGAGAGCUUGAAUGCUUUGAUUUAUUUAUAGACAAAUACUUAGUAGGAAAAAUAACUCCAUGUAAUCCAUACAGUGUGAGCCCCCAGCAUUUCAGUUCUCUUCUUAAGAUGGUUACAGUUUGUUGCUAACCAGUGUUUCCUUAACUAAUGUGUGCAGAGUAAACUCCAGUGUGUGCUCUCUGAGUUUACUGAUCUGGGAACCUCUGUGUUAACACCAGAUCAUCAAAUGAGGAUUUGGCAGGAAUAAUGCUGGAUGAAUGUCAUUGAAGUGCCAAAGAUUCAUCGUUGUUAAGAGCAUUGCUUAAGGGCUGUGUCAUCAUCUAGAAUUGAGGGAAGAUUUGGUCAUGCUGGGAUGUUAAGUCCAGCUUUUGAUUUGCUAUCUUAAUAAACUACUUGAGCCCAGUCUCGUGACCCAGAACCUGGGAAGGGAGUGAUAGAAGUAUAUUGUGUCUGGAAUGAAAUAGCAAAUAGUGGCAUGAAAUCUGUGCUGAUCCUCCUCAGGCAGUUUCCAGGGCCACUGCAGUGUCCACGUAGCGAGCAACUCCUGUGAUCAGAGCUCGUGCUCUUCAAACAUAAAACAACUUGCAAGGUGUGUGAGAGGGCUUCUUUAAAAAGAAAACAGGGUAUAAUGUGGCAUUAGUUGUUAACAUUCCCUACAGACAUAGAACCAAAUAGCUAGGGUUGGAAAGGACCUUAAGAUCAUCUAGUUCCAAACCCCCCUUGCUAUGGGCAGGGAUGCCUCACACUACACCAUGCUUGGAUAGUCGUAGCAGAAUUGUCUUCUGAAGUUAAAAAAGCUUAUAAAGACAAGACACUUGUUGCAGAUUUUGGUGGGUUUAGUUGCAUCUCCUGUGGUGGGACAGAUGGGCUGAUGUACUGUCAGCAGCUCAUCUGCAUAGGUCUGUAUUUAACUGUAUGGUCACAGCUACAGGACUGGGCUGCUGCUGCGACCUCUGAUCUGUGGCAAGGCACUUGCUGUUCCAAGUUCUAUGCGUGCUGUAGUAUUGGAAGAGCUGCACAGUCUUAUCUCAGAAAGCCCUUGAAUCACCAAGCUUAUCAUUUCUCCUUUUGGGUGAUUAAAUAUUGUAAAGUGUUAGCUAGUAUGUGUUGGCACUUCGAAAUACUCAUUUUCUGCUAGUAUUGAGUAUUUCCUUUCAGUGUGCUUUCUGUGAACACAUUCAUUGCUGCAGAACUUGUAGGGGUAGAGUACAUCCUUCCUCCAAAAGUGUAGUUAAAACCCAUUUAUAUCUUAAGGUUAAUACUAAUUGUGUUUCCUGAUAGAAAGAAAACACUUAUAUUUUGUGUCAGAAGAUGAAUGCUUUCAUCCCACUGACCUCAGCAGAUGAAGUUGAGUAGGAAGGUUGACCACCACCUCAGACUGAGAUGAAGGGAGCAGGAGUUUGAGAGGAAUGAGUGUCUCCAAAAUGGAAGCUUCUGCAGGUUUUGUGAAACCCCAUUUUUCCUGUGUCUGAAGACUGCACACACUAAUGUCAUGAAGGAGAGGUGUGCAAGAGGAGCUUCCCUGUGAGAUACCAGAGAAUUCCCCUGGAGAAGAGAAACUGUGAAGGCUAAGGAUGGAUUUUUCAGAGCCAAAAUGAACACAGCUUUGUUAUUUGCUUACAAAGCUGCUUGUUCUUGCUUGCAGUAGUGCUAAAUAUCAGUAAGGAAGAGAAUUUGAGAGUUGAAGCUUCUAAAAAGCAGCCAUGCUCAAGAGCAUGAAGAUUUGUUGCAUCAGUUUCCUCCCUGUCAGUUCAUAUGUGUUCAGACACUUUAAAAGGAAGACUCAGAUUAGCCCCGAGAGAGAAACAAGCAGCAAGGCAGGAGGAACUGCUCGAUAACCUGCUCAAUAAAUAGCACUUUUUACUGAGUUACAAAGCCUAAGCUGAGUCUCUGAACACCAUGUACAUAUCUUCCAGGUAACCGGUAGAAGUCUCAAGUGCUAGUCCAGGAGAAUGGAAAACUGGGAUUUUUAAAGUGGAAUUCUGAGGGUCAGCAGUUGUCUACACAGAAAUAAGUUAUGUGAGAUGGCAAUGGGAAAGAAUGGGCUGAUGGGCAGUGAAGCAGAGGAAAGGGAAUUUGCCACCUUAGAAAUGGAAGUAGGAUGGAACAAGUACUUUAUUAGAAGCCCAAAAAUGGAGUUGGUAUCAGGCAGCCAUAAGCUCUUUUCACUAAGAACAUACACCUCCUACUAUGUUCUGAUACUCUGUCACUAAGAUACGACUUUUAUUGGCAGUUCAUCGUAAGUCAGUAGUUAAAAGAUCGGAGGAAUGUAGAUUUUCAAAGCAAAUUAUAGCACUUUACAUGGGCUAUUUGUUGAUUUGGUAAAACAAUUUUGCUAUCUUUUAAUUCUAUCUGAAAUCAGAGAUUAAGAAUUUAUGCUGGACUCUGGUGACUUAAUAUGACAGUUUUCAUAAUAAAAUUACUAUUAUUCUGCCUAGAGGCAGAAAUCAAUAUAUUCCAUUAUUAAUUCUUCUGAUGUUAAGCAGCAAACACAGCCUGUUACCUGUAUCAUGUUUGGUAUAUUUGCAGUUAAGCUUUGCACUGCAACAGAAACAAUUUGGAAAUGAAUUUUAUACAGAAAGAUUCCAAGUAAAAUCUGAAGGUGGUAGUUUAGGAGUUGACUGUGCUUUAUGCCUUGGCUGUUCCACAGUUUUCUUCCUUAAAAUAGGAUUUGGUGCCGUGUUGGUGCAUUCCAGUGCAAUGCACAGUGUUUUUUGCACUAUGCAGUGUGUUUGGAACACGGUUGGGGUGGAAAGCAGUGAGGCUGAACCCUUUCUAAUCAGUGUGCCUGGUGUCUUAGCUGGAAAACACACUGGCUAAAGAUAGGGCAGCAAAAUUUACUGAGCUUGUCUUGCUGCCUUCUGCAUGUUGUGCGAUCUAUGGGGCUCCCGACACAAUUAUCAAGUUCCUCCUGUUUUGUUAAUGUGUUGCUCAAUGUGUAAGUGUAAGCCCUGUGUAGGGGCUGCUCCAACUUGGAGCAGAGGCAUGGCUGCUUGCUGCUGGGAGCACAGCUCGCUGAGAUGAAGACUUACUGUAGGCAAGGGAUCCCUGCCCGUAUCCCUCAGGUGACCUUUAUCUGUCUUCAGGUUUUGUGGUUAGCAGCAACUUUUGAGAGAGACUUCAAAGAGCUUCCUGCCUUCCAUACUAGAAUGCUUUUCGGGUUGUUUAGUCUAGCUGUGCUGGUUUUUAUCAGACCAUGCAAAAGCACAUCACUUUUCUUCCACCUGAUGCAUUUCUAGAGAGCUCAAAUCCCUGCUUUUAUUGAACGGGACUAAGCUCCAAAGUCAUACGAGUGCUUCAAAAUCACAGCGAUUCUGUGGAGUUCACCAGUCUCCUUUCUGCUGGUGCAUUGGUUGUGCUACUGCUGCAGUAGCUAGAUUAAUCCAAAAAGUAGAAUAUUGCAGGUCUGUUCCAUGUGGGAAUGCUGAUGUUCCAUACCUUUCUCACUGUGACCUUCGUGUGCUGUCAGUUUGAAGUGUCUGUGCAGGUAUUCCUUCAGCUGUUCUGCUUGAAGCUGCACUUAAUACUAAGUUAUCAGGUCCUGGGGUGUGUCAGGUAUAUACAGUAUAUUUCUAAAAUGUAGCAGCAAUGAUUUAAAGUGUAUAAUUAUAUCUAUAAUAAUUAUCUGGGAUCAUGGUAGUGCUGUUACACUGCUAAGAGCUUUUUGCUUGUUCAUUCGACUCAAAUCUUAACUUCUAACUUUUCUUCUCUUUGCAGGAACGUCAGAAUCGAAACAAACAAUAAGAAUAAACACAUACAGUUUGAUAUAUAUACUAGAACUGAGACUAAAUUCGACUAUGAGAAACAAAAUUAAGUUUACUGGUGCUGUAUCCUGGCAUCAGGACAACUAAAGCUUUCAGCUCCAAUAUAUCUUCUCGUGCAGGGGAAAUUAAGUUGUCGCAUCUUUAAGUACAUUGUAGUUUAUUUUUGCCCAAGUGGAUCUGCAUUAAUUUGUAUCUUUUUUUUUUCCUAUGUAAAAUUCUGUAGAAAUCAUGAAUAAAAGUGUGUCUGUUUUUAUUUUUUUAAGUUGGUAAACAGUUAUAUUAACCUAAUGUGGACCUAAACACGAGCAUAACUCAAGCGUCAAUGCUUCCCAAAGACUUCAUUUUGGCACAAAUUAUGUUCCUAGCCAGAUAUAGAGAUUAUGGAGAAUACAUGACAAAUCUGCCUUUCUCCUCCUCCUCCCAAACCCUCUUUUUCUUCAUGGCAGAAGAAACAAUGCAUUGAGUUUUGUCAUUGAAAAAGAGAAACUUUUUAAGAUACUGCACUCCUGACCUGAGACCUGAAAGGCCGCUCUUUCGGCUCGCUCUGUGCAGCUGCUCUGCCUCUUUCUUUACCUGUACAAUUACACUUGGACAAAUGGCUAAUGCACCACAUUGGUUUUUUUUUUUUUUUGCUCUUGUCUAGUAGAAAAUUCAAAUUGUCAGUGAAAUUGUUUCUCUGGAAAAGAUUUCCCUUCCCCAUUCUGUUAACCAGUGCUUCAGUGUGCAUUCGUUCUACCCUAUCCUGCCGAGGGGGAGCGCGACGCUUUCUCUCCGCCAUAAUUCUGCUUUACAGUUUUUGUAGCUUAAUGAAAUAAUAAUGUGAUGCUCUCAACAUUGCAGGGGGUUUGGACAAUGUGUUGAAACCUGUUUCAGCUUUCAGGUGUUCUUAGUUAAUUGCAGGUCAUUUUUAAUCCUUCCCUUCCUUAUUCCCUCCCACCCUCCCCAAAUCCUAACGCCAUUUAAAGGGUUGGUUUUUUUUUUUUACCAAUAAUGCUGAGCUUUAACGUAGGAACUAAUAGUACGGAUACUAUGAUGGAUUAUGCCUCAGAUGUUUAAAAUUGACAGUGUGUAUGUCUAAUUUUUUUAUUUUCAUUUUUGUUUUUUUUUCUGUUGGAUGAGUAAAAAAACCUGUUUUAAGAAACUGAAUUUGCUGUCAUGUUUUUGUGGAGUGAGGGGACUGUCGGAGAACCUGUCACCAACUGGAGUUCCAGUUAAGCAUGGAAAUGGUGCUCAUGUCCGCUGCUCUAGCACACUGAAUCUGCACGUGUUUAUUGUAGAGGAUCUUUUACUAUAUUAGAAAGCAAGUAUCUUCUGAAUACUAUUUACUCCAAAAGGACCUCCAAUUUAAAUAAAAGUUUAAUCUGUAUCAUUUAGACUUGUAUUUAGAACGUAUAACUCUGUCUCUGGACUGUUACUGCCUGUAAGGGGUAAUGGACAGCAUCAGAUUAACUUUUUCCUCUAGGAGAAUACAAGCCUUAAUAAACAAUACAUAUUUAGCAA